UUCCUCUUUUUUCAUCAUCCAAAGCUUCUUCUCGGUAAUCACUAUGAAAUCCUCUCGCAGAUCUCGUUUUGUUUCCCCAAGAACUCCCACCUUCUCCACCGCCACAACUAAAACCAAAACCAGUCGUACAGACAGAAACACCACCCUGAAUCCCAAUCCAUAAAAACCACAGAAAUUCCAAUCAAUUCAAACUCCAUUAAACGAAACCCUAAUAAUCCCAAUUCCAUCUAAACCACCUCCGAUUACCGCUAUCGUUAAAAUACAAUCAACCUAUCGAUCUCACCUGAUUUGCAACAUGAUUAAGAAAAUCUCAUCAGUAAACAAAGAAGCAGAUGAAUUAGAAACCCAAAUUCAACAGCAAGAAACAGUUAAUAAGAUUCGGAGUAACGAGAAAGAGAAAUUAAGUAUGAAUGAAGCUUUGAUGCGUUUGUUACUGAAACUUGAUUCUGUGAGAGGGGUUUAUGAACCAGUUCGUGAAUUGAGAAGAAGGGUUAGUCGGAGAAUCGUAGGGUUACAAGAGAUUUUAGAUGCGAUUACUGAUGAAAGAGUUAGGGAUUCAGAUGAGUUGAUACGGACUUGGGAAGAUGUUGUUGCGGAAAUGGAAGGACGUGUUUGUGAAGAUUUGGCUGGGAGAAGAAUUAAUGGUGAUCAAGAGAGAUUUUUGAUGGAGAAAUAUUGUAUUGAAACUUUAGGUUUUCGUUGCUUGGAGAGGUUUUUCAGAGGGGUUUAAAUUUC